AAACUGCGGUCGCAAGUGAAGUCGCGUUUGAAAAUACGAUAUAAACACACACAUAUAUAUAUAUAUAAAUAUAUAUAUUUUGCAUAAAUCUUGCGAGCAAAGAUUUAUAACAAGCAUACAAAAUCCGGGUUUUUUUCAAAAAAUUACAAAGACAGACAGAAAGAAAUAAUAAUCAGAAUGCGUCGUGAUAAUAAUUUAAUUCUGUUCAGCGCCCUCAUUUGGCUGCUCGUUGCGCCAGCUUGUUUGGCGGAUCUGAUGUGCUAUGUGUGCGAUGACUGCGAAAAGGUGACCAAGGAGACACCGCUGCUGGCCUGCAAUGCGGACUUCUUCAAUCAGGGCGGCAGCACCGAGGCCUCAACCGUGACCACGACCAGCACAACAACAACAAUAACAACGACAGAAUUCACCACAGACGAGGCGCCGACGAGCAGCAGCGAAUACACCCCAGCCGAGACCACCACACCCGAUAGCACCCCCAGCGAUCUGGUGACCAGCACCAUAGCAACGGAUUCGACCAGCGAAAUGGUCACGGAAAGCACGGAGAGCACAGAGGCGCCAAUGCCAACGCCGGCCACCGUGGGACCACCGGAGACGACAACCGGCGUGCCCACGCCCCCAGCCGAGGAUCUGCUGCGUCAGGUGAACACCACCCGGCUGUUGCCCAGCUCAGCUGAUGCCAACUCAGCUGCUGUCACAACAACCACAGAUCUGGCCAUCCGCCAGCGUCGUGCUCUGAUCGACACAAGCGUCAGCUAUCACUGCUAUACGGUGCAAAAGACCGUCAAUAAUACGAUGCAGACGGUUCGCGGCUGCUCGCGUGUUGAGCCGGAACAGUCCGUCUGCCAGGAGCUGCAGAUUAAGAGCAACGAAACCAAACUGGCCAAAUGUGAUCCGUGCAGCAUGAAUGCCUGCAAUGGUGCCACAUCCACGUUCCAGUCCACGCUGCUGGCGACACUCCUGUUUGCCCUGGUCGCCGCUCUCCUGCAGCGCAAUUGAAGGAGUUAACACCAGCCACGCCCCCUCCCCGCUCACCUCCAACUCCACUCGCCUUCCGUUCCAUUGUCGUCCACUCCAGCCCGGUGUUAUUUAGUACAUAUUGCUCAUUUGUUUAAGGUACACACACACACACACACACACACACGAACAGACACAAACACACACAGUCACUGAAGCGUUCUACAUGGGCGCACCUGGGGCAGGGGUUGCCUUUAUUGAAGAAAUAACACUUAUGAACUUUAGGCUACUGAAAUCGUAGCUUCAAUAUUGAAAUUUAAACAAUACCCCCCUUUCCCCCCUUAGACACACGAGCCCCUUUAUCAAAAUCCUGCCUACGCCUCUGCUCUCAUUUGUUAAGUCAUGCGAAACUUUAUGUAAUUUGUAAGCGACACACACACACACACACAAACAAACAAACAUACACACACGAAUAUCGAAAUAUAUACAUAUAUGCCUAUAUAUAACUUAAUAUGAACUAAAGCUAACCAAAUGUGAAGCAUAAGACAAUUUACUUGAUAUGUUAUAAACUAUUUAUACAUUAAACGAUUUUUCAAAAUCUUCUCCGA